AUUUGAUCCAGAGAAGGGCCAUAAAGUUGGUAUUGCUUUUGGUCAUGAGUGGUUGGGAGAUUGGAAAGAAUCUGCAGUAGUAAUGGAUACAGAGUGUAUAUUAGAAAACAAUCAUCGGAAACUGAAGGGAAACCUUAGUCUUCCAUUAGGUCUCAAGUGCAAAUUCAUACCCUACAAGUACGUGGUCACUAAAGGAGAGAAUAAGGAAGACUUUGAAUAUAUCAGACGACCCCGUUCACGUUCCAAAGUUGUCAACCGUGUGCUGGAAGUUCCUGAACGUCUGCAAGAAGUGACAGGAGGAAGAUAUCGAAAGUAUGACGAUAUCAUACGCCUACAACCUGGAAUAGCCAGAAAUUUGAAGGACAAAGUGCUUGGGCAUGGUUUCGCUUACAACAGAAUUCUAGCUAUGGAAGCAAUGCUACCGAAGUGGAACGGCUUUGUUCCCGGACAGUCUUUAUUCGAACAAACACAAACGACAGCACACGAUGCGCUAUCUGAGAUUGAUCUUGUUGUCCAAUCAAUCAAAUGCCAACGGGUAUGUGAAGAUGAUUGUGCUCCUUACAACUGGGAACUGCCAGAGUUUAGCAAACAAAAAGCAUUGCGUAAGCACGUAAGCGGGCAAAUACAGUCUUUUGUAGAGAGGAAGGAAGCGGUAGAUGGCGACAUCGAUGCACUUGUUUCUGCCGUUACUAUUGCUGUACUGGAUCACAAGUACAAAUUUCAGAUGACGAUGGAUGAAGUAGCCGGGUUACUGCGCGCCAUGGCAUUGCUACCAGACAUGGAUCAACGGACAUGUCCAGGACUAACGUUAUUGAAAAGGCACUUCGAUAACGUAAAAGAGACUUUGGAUGCUAUUGAGAGUUUGUGUAGGACAGCAUGCUCUAAAAGAGCCGAAUGGUUGUUCGCCUUGCCUCUAGUUCACUUCCUUAAAGGAGAUUCAGCGCCUUUUCAGUCUCGUACAGUCAGGAAAUCAGUGGUAGGUGGAAGAGAAAAAUGGUGGGGACUUGCCAGAUUAUACGAGAGCACCAAAAUUUUUAGAAGAGAACAAGCCAAUUUGAAAUCAGCAUUUGAUUUACUGGACAGCCUACGGCCACUUUUUAGAGUUGACCCUUUAGCUGGUCGUGCGUUCCUUUUCGUUAUUAGCUUAGAACAGAUUGCUGCAGCCAAGAUGGCUUUUCCACUAUAUGAAAUGAUUACUGUUCUUGAAGAAAAAGUACUGGACUUGAAUCAUAAGCCAAAGCCAUGGUGGUCGUGGACAGACGGCCGUGAAAAUGCUAAACACUUGCUGAAAGUCUUAGAUGCUCUGAUCUCACAAUCUUUGGAAUCCUCAGUGGAUGCUUAUGUUGACAUUGAAGAGCAGUAUCAAAAUGCCAAGGUCGCUGUUGAAGCAAGUGUAAGACUUUUACAAUGCGUAGCAACCACUUUCAGUACAUCAGGACACGUAGAUGUUCUGGUGCGGUGCCGCGACUUGGUGUUUUCAAUACUCUAUUCGUUUGAGACUGUUAGCGUGGCUAUUGUAUCAAGAGAGUCGGAAUUACUUGAAAUUUCUAAGGCUAGCGAUACUCUUAUUGAUAAAAAGUUCAGCAAGGAACAGUUGAAUCUAUGUUUCAAAUAUGUUGAGAAAUGGUUACACCAAAACACCUUUUCGCGAUCCAAAGAAACUGUAAAGUCACUGAUGGAAGGGAUGAAGGUUGAUUUAUGCUCAAAAUCAUGUCGCCUAGUUAAAAUUUGA